AUGUGAAUUUGGUGCAAACUUGAGGAGCCAAAAGUGUAUUUUUCCCGAAUAAUCCAUAGGUUCGAAACAAAUAUUCAAUUUACGCCCAAUUUAGAGCCAAAUAACCCUCUUCAAAGUAAUUCCUUCCCGCCAAAAAAAAAAACCAGGGACACGAAUUUCAAUCGCCGCUGACGCAACCCCACCCACCCCUCGAUCGAGAUGUACGGACACCCGGCGGAGAUGGAGUUUAGCAGCGUAUCCAAAUCCCGAUCGACGGCGUUAAGUGAUUUAUGGCGCGUCCUGGCCUUAUACUUCCCCCAAAAUAGCGCCGGCGACUCAGAGCUCAGAUUCAAUCUCACUUCCGACCUAUUUCACAUAUUCUCCUCUCACCAAGCACGAGAAAUCGUCGAUCAGGUAAAAGAAGACGAUGGCUUAUUCUUCUUACCGAUAGACUUCCAGCAGUUCCGGAAAGUAUGUCAGUUGGAGGAUUUUUAUGUGGCACUAGAAGAAAAACCUAGAGAUGCUUUGAUGUGUAUGAGUGCUGCGGUGCACAAGGUUUUAUUUGGGAAAGAGGAAACGAUGGAAGACUGUCCAAAGAUUAAUAUUCGUCUGCACAAUUACCAAAAUUCCAUGAUUGCUUUGAAGAAUCUUAAGGCUGCUUAUAUUGACAGGCUUGUUUCGGUGAGGGGAAACGUGACGAAAGUUAGCACAGUCCGGCCUCUAGUUAUACAAAUGAGUUUUUCAUGUGCCAAAUGUGGGACGAAUAUUACCCGUGACUUUCCUGAUGGAAAAUUUUCUCCACCGACAAAAUGUGAAAUGCAAGCAUGUAAAAGCCGAAACUUCACUCCAAUCAGAUCUACUGCUCGGCCAAUAGAUUUUCAGAAGAUAAGGAUUCAGGAGCUUCUCAAAUCUGAACAUCAUGAAGAAGGGCGGGUUCCUCGGACCGUUGAUUGUGAAAUGACCGAAGAUCUAGUCGAUGCAUGCAUUCCUGGAGACGUUGUGACUGUAACUGGCAUCAUAAGAGUGAUUAACAAUUAUAUGGAUAUUGGAGGAGGAAAAUCAAAAGGCAAGAACCAAUCGCUGUAUUAUUUGUACCUAGACGUUGUUUCAAUAAUAAAUUCAAAGUCCCAGUCUGCGCCGGAGGAUAUGCAACAUACUGACUCCAAUGCUAGAGCAACAGAACAUUUAGAUUUGUACUCAUUUUCUCCAAGAGAUCUGGAAUUCAUUGUAAAGUUCUCUGAGGAACAUGGUUCUGAUGUAUUUCGACAAAUUAUGCAAUCAAUUUGUCCAUCCAUUUAUGGGCAUGAGCUUGUUAAAGCGGGAAUUACAUUAGCACUGUUUGGUGGUGUUCGGAAGCAUUCAAUGGAUCAGAACAAGGUCCCUGUCAGAGGAGACAUCCAUAUAAUUGUUGUUGGUGAUCCUGGAUUGGGUAAAAGUCAACUACUUCAAGCUGCAGCUUCUGUUUCUCCACGCGGCAUAUAUGUUUGUGGUAAUGCCACAACAAAUGCUGGCCUGACUGUUGCAGUGGUGAAAGAUCCUAUGACAAGUGACUAUGCGUUUGAGGCUGGUGCAAUGGUACUUGCAGACCGUGGACUAUGCUGCAUCGAUGAGUUCGAUAAAAUGUCAGCAGAACACCAGUCCUUACUAGAAGCAAUGGAACAACAGUGCGUUUCUGUUGCGAAGGCAGGAUUAGUAGCGAGUUUAUCUGCAAGAACAUCCGUUUUAGCUGCAGCAAACCCUGUUGGUGGUCAUUAUAACCGGGCAAAAACUGUGAAUGAGAAUCUGAAAAUGAAUGCUGCUCUUCUGUCACGAUUUGAUUUGGUUUUCAUAUUGCUUGAUAAACCCGAUGAGUUGCUGGAUAAGAGACUUUCAGAGCACAUAAUGUCACUUCAUGCUGGCAGCGGGCAGCCAUCACCUGGAAAGAGAUUAUGUAGAGGUGACAUUUUAACCUCCGAUAAUUUAUUUACCAUAGGAUUGUUUGACAGAUUAAAUUUGCUACUUGCAGAAUCACGAGAUACUAGAGAUGUGGAUAUGAAUGUAAGAAGUGAUUCACUAGUUGCAAAGUUAAGACUUGACCCUAAGAAAGACAGUGACUUUGUUCCACUGCCUGCUCCUCUUCUGCGUAAAUACAUUGCUUAUGCAAGAACUUAUGUAUUUCCAAGGAUGACAAAACCAGCUGCAGAAAUCUUGCAAAAGUUUUAUUUACGUCUAAGAGACCAUAAUACUUCUGCGGAUAGUACUCCAAUAACAGCAAGGCAGUUAGAAAGUUUGGUAAGGCUGGCUGGAGCUCGAGCUAGGGUGGACUUAAGGGAGGAAAUAAGCACCCAAGACGCUUUGGAUGUUGUUGAAAUAAUGAAAGAGUCUUUGUAUGACAAAUAUGUCGAUGAGAAUGGCCUUGUUGAUUUUGGACGGAGUGGUGGAAUGAGCCAGCAGAAAGAAGCCAAGCGAUUCUUAAGUGCUUUAAAUAAGCAAUCCGAAUUGCUGCAAAAAGAUUGCUUCUCUAUAUCUGAAAUAUACAGUUUGGCAGAUAGGAUCAGUUUAAGGGUUCCAGACAUCGACACCUUCGUAGAUAAUUUGAACAGCGUCGGCUAUCUUCUAAAGAAAGGCCCAAAGACAUAUCAGGUGUUAUCAUCAUCUUAUUCUCGCAGUCAGUCAUCAAGGUCAAGAUGAUAUUUUUUGCAGCUCCACAUAACAGGCUAAAUCCUGAAGUCAAUAUCCCCACGUUUCAUUUCACUCCGUACAAAUUCUUUUUUUCAAGUGAGUGUUUUUAUUCAUCUUAAACUAUUGUUUUAUCGUUGAUUAACUCACGCCUCGGUAUUAAAAUCAUAUAUGCUGAGCAUCAUUAGUUACAUCAGAAAAAAAAAAUUGAAUUCUGUCUCAAUUUUAAUCCUUUGCUGUGUAAUUUUGCACAAGAGUACUUUUGGAUGGGUGUUCCUCAGGUAAUUUCACACUCGAACAACAUCUAAGCAUCCUAGGAUAAUAUCCUAGGAUUUUUUGGCCAACCAAAAUUUAAUUACUAUGGAACUGAAGAAUGCAACAUAGCCAACCCUGUCAAAUAAAUGCACAGUAUUUAUGUAUAUCAUCUUUAUCUGGUCACUACAGAUUUGGUGGCAGAACACUCCACAGAUCAAAGGCUCAAAAACUACAAAUGAUACAUACAAUCAUACAACAAUGGCUUGACUUCAAA